GCGAAGAGGAAGACGCGGAGAUCUGCUCAUGCUCGAGGUGUAAAAACAAAGCCGCCUCACGCUUACUUUCCGAGAAACUUAUGCUGCAGUUACUUGGACGUUUCGCUUCGUUCUCGAUAUCGAGAUCAGUUCAAAGUCCCAUCUUUCACCAACUUUUAAUCGGUAGCGUCAUACAAGAAACAUUUCUGAGUCUGUCGUCAUUAGCAUAGCAUAUUCGAUGCUAAAUCCCUACAGUUAUUGUUCAUCUCCUUCAUUUCGCGUCCGCAUGCAUCUGAACAUUCGUCCUUGCUUAAUUUGUACGACUCAGACAUAGUCAGAGUCAAUAUAUGUUGGUAUAUAUAUAUAAAUCAAGUACAAAGAUCCAUGAACUCCAGAUUUUGAUCUGCAACAGUUGCUGGCUUUUCCUGGAGUUGAAGCCAUCGCUUUGAAUAGUUUGGAGAAGAAUGGGAGCUAAAAGCUCAAUCGAAGGCAGAAGGCGGGAAGCAAGAUCUUCAUCUCCUCCCUACCAUGGGACACGGCACACAGAGCAGCCUUACUCCACAAGUGAUCACGCCCAUGAAUAUUGGAUUUCCCAUCAGAGUCACUACCACCAUCACCGUCAUCCUCCUCCAUAUGAGUUUCAUUCCAUGGCACACCCAUCGCUGUCUCCAACUAACACGACCAGUGUAAAGAAGCCCAAGUUGGAACAUAAGUUCUCGAGGAUAGCCGAUGGCUUUACCUCCUUACAGCAGGUAACAGAGGAGCUGACAAAAUCUGGGCUUGAAUCAUCGAAUCUCAUUGUAGGAAUUGACUUCACAAAAAGCAAUGAGUGGACAGGUAAGAACUCGUUCCAUGGCAGCAGCUUGCACCACGUUGGAACUACUAAAAAUCCUUAUGAACAAGCAAUUUCCAUUAUUGGACGAACCUUGUCAUCAUUUGACGAAGAUAACUUAAUCCCAUGCUUUGGUUUCGGAGAUGCAUCUACCCAUGACCAAGAUGUAUUUAGCUUCUACCCAGGGAACAGACCGUGCCAUGGAUUCGAGGAAGCUUUAGAUCGGUAUCGAGAAAUCGCUCCGUUUGUGCAAUUAUCUGGACCGACAUCUUUUGCACCAAUUAUUGAAAUGGCCAUGACCAUUGUGGAGCAGAGUGGAGGGCAAUACCAUGUUCUAUUGAUAAUUGCUGAUGGUCAGGUAACAAGAAGUGUAAAUCCCCAAGAACAGAAGACGGUUGAUGCUAUUGUCAAAGCUAGCAAGUAUCCCUUGUCCAUUAUUUUAGUUGGAGUUGGAGAUGGACCAUGGGACACGAUGCAUGAAUUUGACGACAACAUACCUGCUAGAUCUUUCGACAAUUUCCAGUUUGUGAAUUUCACUGAAAUUAUGUCCAAGAAUGCACCAGAAAGCCUUAAAGAGGCUGAGUUUGCUCUUGCAGCGCUCAUGGAAAUACCUUUGCAGUACAGAGCAACACUGGAUCUUGGGAUUUUGGGUCAGCAUGCUAGAACAUCACCAAGAAGAGUGGCUCUUCCACCUCCUGCUACUGUUCCCAAUUCAGUACCUCCUUCGCCUGGUUCUAUGCAGAGCUCAUCGUCUUAUUCUAGUCAUAGUACAACUCCUGCUCCAUCAGCACCAGCUGCAAGUACCUCUUCAGACACUCAGGUUUGUCCAGUUUGUCUUUCCAACCUGAAGAACAUGGCAUUUGGCUGUGGCCAUCAGAUAUGUCACGAUUGUGGGUCACUUCUCAGCUCCUGCCCCAUUUGCCGUAGAACAAUUGAGACAAGAAUAAAGCUGUAUUCAUGAUGUGCAUAAAUUCCUGACCAAGUGAUCUUUAAAGGGAACAAACCGCAAAUUUCCUUCAAAGGGAACUGGAAUUUAACUAGAAAUGUAAUGAAAAUAA